CCGUUCGCGCACACGCCGCUCGCCUCGUCGUCCCGGCCCACCACGUGCCCGCGCGACCUGCCACGGCACGCGCUCGCAGCCACACGCCCUCUCAGCAGCAGGGCUAUUUGUCGGAAUAAAUAAAAUACUUGCUGUGUCUGCCUUUAAAGGCACUGACUAAUUGCUGUGGAAAAUAACUUGCUGUAGUGUAACUGGAACAACUGAGAGGGGAAACGUUAUUCAGAUUUGAGAUUCGCAACCUCAAAGCAUUACUAUUCUCUAAAAGCCGCCUAUACCACUUGCAAACGUGAAACCCCAAGUAACUAUACCAAAAGCCAUCAUAUAAGACUAUGCAAAAAGCUCAUAUUAUUCAUUACGAGUGAACCUUCCAAAUAUACAAAUAUAUUUACACAAUUCAUAGAUAAAACUAAAAAAAAUAAAAUCAAAAUGGCCAUAGGAGUGAAAUUACAAAGAUGAUUCCGCGUAUGGAAGUGUGACUCCAGACAGCCAGAGAAAAUCCGCCCUUCAUCAACGCCCAUCAACCGACCAUGACGCCCACGGCCGCCCACGCUUCCCAGGGAGCACCAGCCCUCCGCCUCGUGAUCUUAGUGGUGUGCGCGGCAACGACCAAUGGUCAGCAGGCGUUGCCCGGGGUCUUUCAACUCGGUGAUGCAGAGACAACUUUCAUGGACGCGGCGCAGAUGUUCGGAUUCGCCAACUUCGAGAGUCUAAAGAUCACCAGCGCCGAGGCAAGAACCGACUCCGCUCGAACGGCGGUCCUCCCUCCUCGCGACGGCGACUUCGCGGCGGCGAAGAGCGGGCGGCCGACCCAUGACCCAAUCGAUGACAUCAUCGCGGGAAAAGUGGCCGGCCACAACGACAGUGUGAAUGUAGUCCCGGAGACAGGGUCCGACCGCUCACACGCUCCGAUCUCGUCCGAGGCCGAUAAAAAGAGCAGGUCAGACUUAAAGAGCGCGCCCCCUGGCGCGGGCGGCCGGCAAGUUGACAAACGGGUUCUGGCGCGGAUUAUGAGGGAACAAUUCAACGAGUUUAAGCAGCGGCUCACGAGGAAGGCUAAGUCCCUCUCUCUCUCGGGACAGCAGGCCGAUGGCUUCAAAAGCGAAGCAGUUAUGGACGCGGCCGCCAUGAGCGCCACGGACAGACCCUCGGCUGUCGCAUCGGCAGAACCGCCGUCCCGUGUCCUGGUGGGCGAAGUGGUGCCCAAGGCGGCGCGGCGGGCCGGCGAGGAGCCCAGUGGCGUCAGGUCCGGCCUGCUGCGUCAGGACGCUCACCCCAUCCCCGUCACCUUCACCUCCCUACCCGGAUUCCCAUCCGUCCCUCGCGCGUCCGGCACCGGGGUGGCGUCCGUGGCCACGGGAGCUACGGCCCAGGCAUCUGCUGACCCCUCUACUUCGCCUGCGGGAGGAAGAGGCCGCGCCCCGUCCGUCAUGAUCGACUCCCUCUUCGGCGGGGGCGAGCGGGGGUCGGGCAUCCGGGGCGCAGGCUUCAGCCGCGUCCCCGGCGUCCCCGGGCCCAGGAGGCUCCCGGGCGUCAGAGGCACAACCACCACCAGGACUUCCUCCAGCCCCCCCGACCUCAUGUCCAUCCUCCAGACGCGCCUCAUAGGAGGUGUUCGCAGCGUCCCUAGCGGGGCGUCAGGCGGCGCCCCAGCUACAGUGACAGGCGGCGGGGGCGUCCUGAUGGCAGGCGACUCCAUGCUGCUUCAGUUCGACCCGUCCAUCGUGGUCAACUUCCUCACGCUCGUCGCCCUCACGCAGCAACAGCAACGACGAGGCGGAGGCGAAGGGUCGCCGCAGGGGCAGAGGAACGCCUCGCCGGCAGGAGGGCCGACCAUCGCCGUUGCCUCGCCGGCUUCGGAUGGGGAGUUCGGGCCCUUCAGUGACGGCGCCGACCCAUCUGCAGGAGUGGAUCCUUCAACCAUCUUGCUGCCCCCCAUGCUGCGUCAGACGCUCUACUCUUACCUGCUGCCUCGCUUGGCAUCGCUCAGUGCCCUGGUGGAGACAGUGCCAGGAGUGCCUGGCCUCGACUACCCGAUUAUAGGCACCGUUCCCUAUACCAACUUCUACUGCUCGAACAUGCCCUGGCCAGGAUUCUACGCCGACACGGAGGCUAGGUGUCAGUCGUGGCACUACUGCGACCUGGACGGGCGCCAGGCGUCGUUCCUGUGCCCGAACGGCACGGUGUUCAACCAGGCCUUCUUCGUGUGCGACUGGUGGUACAACUUCGACUGCGAGUCUGCGCCGUACCUGUACUCCCUGAACGAGCGGGUGUUCGCGCUGCCCGAGGUGGACGAGACGGCGCCGCACCGCACCCUCACCGCCGAGAUGCUGGAGACCAUCUUCCUGUGACCUCCCCCUUGACCUCGCCCGCUCGCGCCGCUCCUUCAGUCGGGCCAGAGAAGAGAGACAGGCAGAAACCAUCAAACCACAAGAACCAGACCACUCCCCCUCCAGCCUCCACCUCGGCAGGCAAGCAAGGAAAAGAAAAAAAAGCAUCUCCAAGCAGCCCAAAGGCCACGCCCCUCCGUGAGAAAAGAAGGGCAGAGUGACAGCAUCAUCCUUGAGAGCCACGGAAGGCCGCCGCUGCCUGCCCGGUCAGCGGCUCUCCCGCGCCGCAGUUAUAGCCGGGCGUCGCUCUCCGACUCCCUUUUAUUCUCUGCCUGCCUCCUUCCUAUGGACGUCCAUCUAUCAGACUUCCCUAAAUUGCGCGAUGCCACACGCGUAUUUUUGGCUGGAGUGUUACCAAGUGGGUUCUGAAAUAUUACGAAGUGCUCUCUAAAACAUUGUCUAUGGAAAUAUAGGAGAAAAAACUGUUACCAAAUGCCGAGAAGUAUUCUGUUAGCAUUCAGUGCACUGAAAUUCAGACUAAUGUUUUCGAGUUACGAAAUGUGCUUUACAAAACCAGUUUCCGACUAGUGCAAUAAUCGAACUAAGAAGUGGUGUUACCAACAGCUCUGAAACGAAGUUACCAAGGGUUCUCAACAGGUUCAGUGUUACCAACGACUCUCCGUUCCUCCCGCGACUCGAGCAUCAGCAAGUGUUGGCCCACAAUAGUAUUACAAGACAAAUGGCGCCUGUUUCCACAGGCCGUUACUCAAUGUACAUGAGUAAAGAACGUUAUAGUGUCGCGUAAUGUACAGUGAGGAACGCUAACAUAAUAAUGGCCGAUGAAGCCUUUGAUGUGCGAAUAAAAAGGAUGGUGAAGUAGCCAGUUAUGAAGCCACGCCCUCGAGGUUAACAACAUAGGCUUACGUCGCUGAUCCUUUGCUUCCUUCCAUCGAGUUUGAGCUUAACCUCCAAGCGGCCCUCUCGCCGUCUUCGUCCUCUUGUCUUCAUCCUUUUUAAAGUUAAAAGAAAUCCAUCCGA